UACAUAAAUAAUGGUAAGAAUUUACAUUUCAAUUCUACUACAAUUAUGGCGAACAGUGUGACCAUCGUAUUGUGUUGUCUCAUUGCCUAUGCAUAUUCAAAUACUUGCAGAGACAACUUUGACGCAUGUAAAAUGUAUGAGAAAACAGCAUGCGAAAGUCCAGCUUUUUUUCCUUGGAUGUUCCACAACUGUGCUCUGACCUGUGGAUUUUGUCGAUAUUAUAACUUAGACAUCAUGACAAACCCAACAACUCCAACAACUACCACAACUAAAGGGCCUUGUGUAGAUGUGUUUAACAACUGUACCGUAUAUAGCUCAGCCUGUGGACAAUCCGAGUUUAUGUCACAAUAUUGUCGGAAAACGUGUGGAGGUUGUAUCCCAGUUCCCAUAAUAGGAAAUGGGAAGAUAUUUGGCUGA